AUGCCUGCAACGGACGAGAUCCGUUGCUACACGAUCCUACCAUCUUCGGCGGAAGGCCGACCCCGUCAAUCGUUAUCAUCAGUCGGACUGAUGAAGGACGCACCGCUGAUCCGAAACGGACCAGCCAACUUCAUUCAACCGGCACAGCAACAGGGCGCAGUGAUGAUGGUCUACGGACUCGAUAACAACACAGCCCACACCGAUAUGCUAUUCAAUCUGUUCUGCCUGUACGGAAAUGUUGUCAGGAUAAAGUUCGUGAAGACCAAAGGGGGUACCGCCAUGAUCCAGAUGGGAUACGCCAUCGCAGUCGAACGCAGCAUCCAGCACUUGAACACAUGCCAUUCGGAAAUGAUGGUAGCAAAAGUCAGAUUGCAUUUUCCAAGCAGAACUACUUGUCAGAGUCCACUAACCCCUACACCCUGCCGGACAAUUCGAUCAGCUCAGCUAAAGGACUACAGCGCCUUCACGAACAAUCGCUUGCUUUCGUUGAACCAGGCCAGCACAAAUCGCAUUCUCCACUUCUUCAAUUCCCCACCCGGCAUGUCCGAGGAUCUACUGCUGACUGCAUUCACCACCAAGGACUACCACCCGUCGCAAGUGCGAAUGUUCCCGCUGGAAUCGGAAAGUUCCUCCGGUGGUUUGGUCGAGUUCCCGAGCGUAUCCCUGGCGGUGAACGCCAUCAUGAAGUGCAACCACAGCGCGAUCGAUCACAAAGGCACAAAAUUCCCUUUCAUUAUGAAGCUGUAG